UUUGUUGUAAACAACGUCACGAAUCGAGGUUUCUCGGAAAGCGCUUCGAAGCAAUAGGGCAUUUUUCACAGCAAUCGCAUAACAUGGCGAAUCAGUUGAGUCAGAGAGUUGGCCUUUUUAAUUGUGAUGGCACUUAUAAGCUGGAUGCGGUGGAAAGAUUUUUAAUAGGAGUGCAAGAGAAACAUGGCUUUGCGUUCUCAACAGACAAGCGCUAUUUUGGUGUGAAUGAAAUGCCAAAGUUUUGCGAAACCAUUCUUCCUCAGGUAGGGAUGGAUUUUGCAAUUUUUGUCGUCCAUGCGGAGGAAUCCCGUCUCUCAAUCAACGAAGACAACGCUGGUAUUGGUUACACAAAGAUCUACAGAGCAUUGUUGCAGGCUACAGAUGGCAGGGUGUUAAUAGUGAUUGGUGGAGACGAUCACUACAGAGAUAAAGAGGAAGAGGAACGUACUGUGAUCUCGCGUUGGGCUCGAAGGAAAGUGGCUUCACAGUUCAAUGAGGAAUACCUUGAUGGAAGAAAAAGUUUCAUCUUUUCUUGGAACAAACAACACCGAGAGAUCCACGAGGAAGCGCUGCUGCAUUACUUUGAUCCAAGCAAGAAAGGGCAGAAGUUCGAAUAUCAGCCAAAACUAAAACCAGUACCCUUACAGGCUAAAACCGAAGAACCUAUAAUCACAUCACGAGAGACAGUGAAGAACGUCGAUGCCACGGGGAACUCACGGCCGAAAUAUGACAGUGACUCUCGGUCAAGAUCCGUCAGAGAGCAGCCGAAAGAGGGUCACACGAACCCUAGUUAUGGAGCCACAAAUCCAGUUGCUGACUACCAGGCAAAUACAAUGAGCAAAAGCUACAAUUAUGAUGGUGCAGUACCACACCAAGUUGCAUUUAGUGACGGCACUCCUUGUUGGCGAAGAAAUUGGUUGCCUAUUUUUGUUGCUGUUGUUGUUGUUGUUGUUGUCAUUGUUCUUAUUGUUGCUUUUCAUGCCUAAACUAGUGAGUGCGAGCAACCAGGAUAAUUAAACGAACUGCAUGAAAACCAGUUAAGGGUAACGUGGCUUCCUCUCUAAAUAUUGUAUUUUUUAAUGUAUGUUACGUUAUGAAACUUUAUUUCUUUGAGAGUCUGCCAAAGUAGUCUUCUAAAACUGAGACAGUUUCGAGUCAUAACAUCUUCAAAGAUGUUGUGCACAAGGGAAUCAUGAAAAGCGCCUUUCAUUUAGAGUAAUGGAGUGGGAAAUUAAUGUAUGUAUGACAUUUUCCGAUCAAACUGUACACACCCAGUUACAUGACUUUUAUCAUCUCACUGAGGAGAAAGAAGGCAAGAAACCCACCUUGAAGGGGUUUCUUUCUUUGCAAUUUAAGUUAAUGUUCUAACCCGACUUUUUUAUCUAUUCCAAACCAAAUGGUCCAAAUUUUAGGUGUAAAGGAAAGCCUUUUAAAUAGUUCGAAGUUGGCAUAACAACAUCGAAAACUUUAAUCAGCUCACUAUCGACGUCCGUUUGCUUUAUAAUGUAAUAACGUUUAUCUGAAAAAGCAACCUCUUUGCCAGGGCCUGCAAGUCUUCGGUCAGCGGUCACCGAAAGCUGUGCGAUAUAGGCGAGAAAAAGUUCACAAUAUAUGCCACGAUGGAUAAUUUUUUGAACGGUUAUUUCUCAAGAGAAGUUAAUAAAGAGCUGGAAACUUCCUAGCAGGCAAUUUGUGAAGCAGGAUCAAACUAGAUUUCGAUUCUUGAUAUGUUACGUUUGAAGGCUGAAUAAAUACAAUUUUAGAUAUUCAUUUGAUAUUUA